CCGAGCCGGGAGCCCCGGAGCGAGAGGCCGGGAGGCACCGGGGGCCGCGCAGCGCCAGGGCCGGCACCACGCGGGGGGGAGGCCGAUCCCGGGUAGCGGCAGGCUGCUAGCCCCGGGAGGGCGAUCCAGGGGGCACCGGUCCGGCCCUGGCAGGGGGAUCCCGGGGCUCUGGUCCUGGUCCCGGGAGGCUGAUCUGGGGGCACCGGCCCCAUAGUCGGGAGGCUGUUGGGGGUCCCUGGUCCCGGCCCUGGCAGGAGGAGGCAAGCGGGCACCAGCCCCUGCACGGGGCACCCAAGGGGGCACGUGUCCUAGUCCCAGGAGGGCGAUCCAGAGGGCACCAGUCUCAGCUCUGGCCGGAGGGGUGCAAGGGGGCACCAGUCCCAGCUCUGGGAGUCUGGUCGGUCCCAACCCUGACAGGGGGGACCCGGGGGCGGGAACACUGGUCUUAGUCCCAGGAAGCCAAUCCAGGGGGCACCAGGUUAGCUGGUUGUCAUGUUCCCUGUGGGCUGCCCCGCUGGAGGCGGUGGCUCUCGUUCUCCCAGCAGCCCUUGGCCAUGAGAAUGGGCAGCGCAGGGUCCUCAGGCAGGGAGGAACGGCUGCCAUCGGGUGCGGAGGAGCAGCUGAGUGGUGGGGAUCAGACACUGGAGCUGACCGGGCGGCACCUGAAGCGGCUGCCAGGCCCAGUGUGUGCCCUGGGCAGCCUGCAGAAGCUCUACAUCAGUGGCACGGGGUUGCGGGAGCUGCCUGAGGAGAUCGAGGGACUGCGAGAGUUGCGCAUCCUGGCACUGGACUUCAACAAGCUGGAGGAGGUGCCUGAGGCACUAUGCCGCCUGCCCCGUCUCACCCGCCUCUACCUGGGCAGCAACCGCCUCUUUGGCCUCCCUGCAGAAUUUGCCCAGCUCCAGACUCUGCGCUGCUUGUGGAUUGAGAACAACUACCUGUACCAUUUUCCUCGGGCCUUGCUCCAGAUGCCUGCACUGCAGUCCUUGCAGAUGGGUGACAAUCGACUCCGAGCACUGCCAGGCAGCCUGCCGCGUAUGACUGGCCUCCGGGGACUCUGGCUGUAUGGGAAUCGCUUUGAGGAGUUCCCACAGCCCCUGCUCCGCAUGUCGCAGCUCCAUAUCCUUGACCUGGACCGCAACAAGAUCAUCGACUUCCCAGACCUGGCCCACCUGAAAGGGCUACGGCUCUUUUCCUAUGACCAUAAUCCAGUUAAAGCACCACCCUGUGUGGCUGACACUGUCACCCUUGUGGGUGAUGGGGCCCAGGAGCUGAUGGAGGCCAGGGAGGAACGUCUCCAGAGCCUGCGGGAGCAGGAGGAGCAGGAUGAGCAGGAGGAGAAUGGCUCAGAAGCCAUGCAGGGCACCCUGAGGAACGACUCCUCUCUGCUAGAGGAUGCUGAAGGCAGUUUCUCUGCCCUGGAAUGCUCCCCAGAAGAAACAUGAGAAUGGGCACUACAAGAACAUGGUUGCUGCUCAGAAAAUCUGGUGGACACUGGUGGGCUGGUAGAUCCGCUUCUGCGCUGCAAGGGGUGAGAGUUUGCAUGGACCAUCUCUGGCCAUGGGUAGCCACAGUCUCCCAACUAGGGUCAUGGGUAACUACCAGACCAGGGAGUCAUCAUCUUCUUGCAUGUGACAGGAAAACCAUGAAUCAAAAGGGUCGCUGUUUCCUUGCUGGGACCACAGACAGCAAAGGGGAGCAUCAUCUAUCUGCAGGAGUGCUGGGAAAUCACUGCACCCCUGAGGUAUCCUGCAUAGCCACAGGACGUGGGGGUUGGCAGGGUUGAAACCACAAUGCUGUUGUGUUGGAUAAUCCCAUUGGACCAGCUCUGUGGGAGGAUGGGCCCUGUAUGAGAUGGGCAUUGAUAAGAGCUGGCCUUCUCAGAACAGCCAGCCUGUGGUGGAAGCCUGGAAUUGAAAGGACUUUAAUGUGACAAUCUGUGGCUGUUUGGUUAGGUAUCUAUGAGUGAUCCCUGCUCCUAGCCAUCCAGCCCAUUGCCACGGGACUCAGAUGCAAGACAGGAAAAAGCCAUGCUGUUUGGUUUGGUGGGGUUUUUUAAUUCCCAUGGACUCCACACCCUGGAGGGCUACAGGGUUCGAGGUAUGAACAGAAAAACUUCUCACAUCCUAGAGAUUCCUAUUCUGCUACUGGAAUUAGACUCAGAGAGAAACGUCUCCCAAGCUGCUCCUUCCAGCUGUCAGCUUUGAAAAGAAGCUGAUAGGAAAGCCUUGUUUGUGCGCAGCGCUCCCUCUCUGGCCUGGAAAGGGUUUUUGCCUCCGCUCUUUGUAUGGUGGGAAAAGGAGCCCCGUGCGCUGCUUUGCAGGCUGCCUGGACUUUCCAUUCCCUUAAAUGGGCACAGAAGCAAAAGCUGCAAAGAGUCUUGCUAUUUCUGAUCACUUGGAAAAGUCUCCUCUUCUUUUGGAUCUCAUGCAGCAGAAUAAAAAGUGCCUGACAGUUUCAGUCUCUCCUGUCACCGUGGGGUACAAAAUUGGCCGUCCCUGGGUUUCUAGUGGAAAGUGUCCUGGCUUCCAUUUUUGCUUUGGGAUCACUGCUUCAAUACUUGGUGAGAGCACAGCUCUGUUUUACACAUUGUCCUGUAGACAGGGGGUCUGCUAGUGUGAAGGGAGCUAGAGCAAUCUAGCUGCUUGUGUUGACGAUGUUUUCUAAUCCCAGUAGCCAACAUACUUUUCUUUUUUUGGGGCUUCAUGCAGUGUCUGGAAGAAGGUGGGAAGAUGCUGCCGGUGUAAAAGUGGAGGGUGAUUUUAGCAGUGCUUAUGUCCCUUCCAGUGCAGCCUGUGUGCCAGUUGCUGUACUCCACACUCCCCACCCAUAAAGAUCUAGCAGUAGCUUUAUCUGUGGGUUGAAGGUAGCCAGAGGAUUUUAAAGGUCUGUAGCACAUCCUGUAGCCAGUUGGGCCCUUCCUGCUGCAUGACUGUGAGGCCAAGGUGUGGCUUGUUCAGGUGGAUUCUGCGGGUGUCUGCACAGUAACAUUUUAAUUUGCUUUGGGGCUUUAAGCCUGUGAUUUUUUGGACUUUUCUAGGCUGAGCUGACAGGGCCUGUGUGCUGCUGUAGCAGGUGUCUCUGUAGCAGGUUCAGGUGCCUUGGGUGGGGAUUAAUCUGCCCAGUACUGAUAACAGGAACAGUAUGACUCGUGUCUCUCAGAACUGCUCUGUCCCUCUCUGCGUCAUUUUUGCUCCGGGGGCUGAAUUGGUCUGUGUGACUAGGGGAGGCCCAAACUGCAUGGUCUCGGUCCCAGAGCUAGCCCACCUGCACCUGAAAACUACGUCCUCCCUCUCUGUUGUUCUGUCUGAGCCGUGGGGUAUCUCUUUCUGAGCCGUGCUCCCUCUGUCUCUCUUUCAGUGGUGUCUUCGCUCACUUGCUCCCACCUCAUUUGAAAAGCCCUUGUGGCACCUGAGGAUGUGCCAUCCCAGCUGGCAGCUGCGUACCCGUGGUCAUGAGUAGAGAGGCUGGAAGGCUAGGCCAGGCCAGGGCAGACACAGGCGGUGAGAAAGGCUGACUCAAGCUGCUGUUGGACAAAUGGAUUCUAAUUGUGCUAUGGAAAUGACGGCGGGUGGAGGGGAAGACAAUGACUCCUGACAGUUACAGCCCUUAGUGCUUCCCUGGCCCUUGUAUUUCAAAGGACUGUACUGAUCUGAGCUCCAGAGUUCUUCCGCCUCUUCCCCCCUGCCCCCACUGUGAGUUAGGGGUGUAUUGCAUGUUAUCCCCAUAGCACUCCGCAGUGAUCUCCCCUCUAAGCCCACUGCUGCUGCCUGCCCUAGCUAGCUGUGUGCACUGGGGCAUGCCUGCCUGAGGCUUAGCACACACAUGGGUUUAUUAAGCUGGGUACACUGAGGCUAAACUGUUGCCUGGGAAGGGCCUUUUAUUGCUGAUUGUCCAGACUCCGAAGAAAUUGGUGGUGGGGAUUCCUGUACCUCUUAGAGGUGUUUUGUUUACUGAGAUCAGGAAUGUUGCUUGACUGGAGUAGUUAAUUCAUUUCCCUCUUCCUCCUGUUUCAAGUCAUUUCUCUGCUCUCUUUCUCUUGAUCAGCUUCAUGUGGUUUUAUUAGGCUUCUUAAGGGAACAAUUUCAAAUGAUUUCCUUUGCCGUUUCUUAUAGUAACAUCCGGAGUCAGCAAGAGGCUGCCAGGUCGGGGGAGGGGAUUGAGACACGAGUUACCUUCCUCGCCCUCUGCCAGAGGGGGACACUGGACUGGCGGCAGCUGCUGAGUCAGCCCAGGAAUCUUGUGUAUGUGUGUCAAGAAUGCAGGUACCCAUAGGAACAUUGCUUGUGCUAAGGGCUGACUCGCCCUGAUUAUCUUAAUCCUCAGCCUUACUGAGCAUGAAGUCUAAAUCCUACUGCCCAUUUGUGAUGGUGAAGUGAAUUUCUGCUGUCCUGCUCCAGCCAGGAUGAGGGAAGGUCUCUUAGUCUUCCAAAGACCGGAUCAGAGCAGUGAGUCUAUCUCAUCUGGUAUUUCACCUCCUUGAGGCAUCAGAGCAGAUCAGGGAUCAGCUGGGCCAAUAUCCCUCCUCCUUGUUAUAGUAUAAUAGACCUGUGGUCUGUCUAGUCUGGUAUCCUGCCCCUGGCAGUAGCCAAUAUGCUCCCCCGCAUGAUAAAUCUAAUUGUGCAAUAUCAUAGCAAGGCGGUAGGGGGUGAUAAUGUUUCCUGAUCCCAGACGGUGAUCAGCUUUCGCUGAAGCAUAAGAACCUGUGGAUCUCACUGAGCUCUUUUCCCCCAUAACAUCAUGCAGCAGUGAGUUUCACAAGUUACUGGUUGGAACAGUCCAAAGACUGUUUCUGUGGAACAGUCCAAAGACUUCAGACCAAAGGUUUAAAUUUUUUAUUUUAAAAACAGUCAGAGUUGCAAGACGUUUUAACUAGAGCUGGUCAAAAAAUGUUCAGAUGAGACAGUUUUCUCAAAACUUUCUGCAGGAGCAUAGGGAUUUUGACAAAAUGUUGUUAAGAAAUAAAAGUAGAAUUGAAGUGUUUCGUCAAAGUGAAGGUCAAAGUGGAAUGUUUUGACCUUAUUGAAAUGGAACAUUCUGAUUUUUCAUUUUGAAAUGACUUUAUUUGGAAAUUUAUUUUGUAUUAUAU